AUGUGUACCUUUGUGUACGUCAGUGUGCAGUUCUUCUUCUUGUGCAACGAGGGAGCAUCAGGCAGCAUGACGUCCCAGCCAUGGAUGCUGGCUGUUUGCAUUUUAUUAACCUCAGCUAUAGGGAUAGCUGACUCUAUCACAACAGCGGAAACCCAAAAAUACACCUGCAGGACUUUCGGCAGUGGAGUCGUGCAGACGUUCAAUGGUUUGACUUUCUACGUGCACUCCAACUGCCCGUUCACCCUCAUACAAUUCACCCACAACCAUGUGGAGUGUGACAUCAUCAUACGGCGAGGGGACAGUGGGCUAAUCGUCCAAGUUGAGAUCACCAUCAACAAAGUCAGAACAGUUCUGCAGAACGGACACAUCCUGGUGGGAACAAACAGUGUUUCCGUUCCUUAUGACCACAUGUACCAGCAUAUUUUUGCUUAUGGGAUCUACAACAGACUGAAGAGUUUGCUGCUUCCUCUGUCUGUCACAUGGCACAGCGUUCCUGGAGGAAUAGACACGUUAUGGGUGGAGCUGGAGCAGGAGCUCAGUACUGACAUGAUUGGACUCUGUGGGAAACAUAAUGUCUCGGGAAACAAGCAGCAGUUGAUCGCAGACAGUGUACUUCCUGACGACACAUGUCAAAUUCGUGAUCCUGUCUCUAUCAUGAAUACGAUAUGCCGCUUGUUGUUCUCCUACACUUUGGAUUGUUUCCAAGCCUUGACGCCUCAUUACAUCCACCUCUGUGAAAGCAACAUUUACGGCUACGAACAGGUCAAAUCCAUCGGCUGUGCUUUCUUUAAAGAAGUUGCUCAAUAUUGUGGAAACACCAGCUACAUCUGGAACGUAUGGAGAACUGUAUCCAACUGCGAACAGCCCAGUUGUGCAGGAGACCUGGUUUAUGUCGAACAGGGUGCUGCUUUUGUUCCCAGCUGCUCCAACCCAAAUAUCCAAUUUUUCAACCAGGAUCUCACCAGCUCCUGUGUCUGUCCAAAUGGUAAGGUGUUCAAUGAUCAUGUUGAGGAUUCCCGUUGUGUGACCGUGUCCAGCUGCCCCUGUGUGUUCGCUGGCAGAACCUAUGAACCCGGAGACAUACGGAGCACCAAGUGUCAGUCAUGUAUCUGUGACAGUGGGAAGUGGCAAUGCUCUGAAAACAUCUGCCCCAGUAAGUGUGUGAUUGAGGGACAGUUUGUGUCAACGUUUGAUGGGAAGCGAUAUGUCCUCCCCGGUAAAUGUACAUAUGUGGCCUCACAGGGUCUCAACUGGACUAUAAGGAUAGAGUUUUCUAAAAAAGGUGCCUCUCUGAAGACAGUUGUUCUUGAGAUUUUCCAGGAAACAUACACAUUCUCACACAACUUGGUUAAAUUUAGAGAGGAGGAGGUUACUGAACUUCACCAGUCUGAGCAUGUCCUGGUUUUCUGGCAGUCCUCCAUGAACGUCCAGGUCCACACAUCUUUUGGAAUGACCAUCCAAGUCCAGGUGUCUCCUGAACUCCAGCUUUCCAUCACCCCACCCACAAACCACAGCAGCAUGAUCUCAGGUCUUUGUGGCAACAGCAACGGCGACACCACAGAUGAUUUCACCACCAGCAGUGGCAUCGUGGAGAACUCAGCUCAGCCUUUUGCUCAGUCCUGGAGUGUGGGUGUUUGCACAGCGGACAUACCCCCUCACUGCAUUAGCACAGACAAUGAAAUAUUUGCUGAUGAAAAAUGUUCAGUGUUGAACAAUCAGACUGGAGUAUUUGCUGAAUGUCACGGUCACAUCCCAACUGAUCACUACUACACAGCGUGUAUCCAAAGAACAUGUAAAUGCAGCAGUCAUCUACAACAGUGCUUGUGUGUCGCUCUGGCCAGCUACGCCAAAGCCUGCGCUGGUGUUGGUAUUGACAUUGGUGAUUGGAGGAAGGAUACGCACUGCACUGUGGAGUGUCAGAGGAACCUACAAUUCUCCUACAGCGUACUGGCCUGCAACCACACCUGUCGUUCCCUGUCUGGCCUUGACCCUCGCUGUGGGCUGGAUGAUUCCCCUGUGGAAGGCUGUGGAUGCCCAGAGGGAACUCACCUGAACCAAGGACUCACCUGCAGCCCAAAGGCAGAGUGUUCGUGUUACUACCACAGCGGUACGACACCACCGGGGCCUGUUGUUAUUGAUGGACGACAGUGCAUUUGUGCGGAUGGAGAAUUGAAAUGUUCCGAGGAUUGUGGAUGCACAAAUGGGAAGGUCUGUGUGCACUGCUUAGAGUUCCCAGUUAACACAGCCCAGAAAACUUGUGACAGUCUCAGCAAACCUUUGGGCUCUAGUGUGACUUGUGAGAGUGGCUGUUACUGCCCAUAUGGCCAGUAUGAGGACCACCAUGGGAACUGUGUGUCUGUGGAUAACUGUACCUGCGUGUACAGUGGGAAAGUAUUCAGUGCGGGACAGAGUGUCAAAACCAACUGUAAAACAUGUACCUGUGGUCAGGGCCAGUGGCACUGCAAGGAUGAACCAUGUCCUGGGAAGUGUCAGGUUUAUGGAAACGGACACUACCAGACCUUUGACUCAAAAUGGUAUCGCUUUGAUGGACACUGUCAGUACACACUAGUGGAGGAUGACUGUGGAAUUAGAGAUGGCAGCUUCUCCGUCAGAGUAGAGAGUGUUCCCUGCUGUGAUGAAGCACUCACCUGCUCUCGCUCAGUUGUACUCGAUCUGAAGGGUCAAGUCACUUUAACACUUAGCGACAUGAAGGUGACCAAACACGUCCAGAGUGGAUGGACUCUGCAGGAAGACUCACUUUACACUACACACACAGUGGGACUUUAUAUCAUAAUAUCAGUGCCAAGCAGAGGGAUAACUCUUAUCUGGGACAAACACACCCGCAUCACCAUAGAGCUGCAUCCAAACUGGAAGAACCAAGUAUGUGGCCUCUGUGGAAAUUUUGACUUCAAUGAGAUGAAUGAUCUCCAGAUAAGUGGCUCUGCAGUACCAAGUCCUCUAGUCUUCGGUAACAGCUGGAAGACUGCUACACCUCCGUGCUCUGAUGUGACCACUGAGAUGUUUCCAUGUGAACGCAGCUCCUACUGCUCAGCCUGGGCCCAGCGACGCUGCCUGAUCCUUAAAGGAGACAUCUUCAAAGACUGCCACCUCACUGUUGAUCCAGAUCCUUAUUAUCAAGCCUGUGUGCAGGAGUCCUGCUCCUGUGAGUUUGAAGGAAAGUUUCUGGGUUUCUGUACGGCUGUGGCAGCUUAUGCAGAGGCCUGCAGUGACCAGGAUGUUUGUGUUAAAUGGAGAACCCCUGAUUUGUGUCCGGUAUACUGUGACUACUACAAUGAGCAGGGCCAGUGUGUCUGGCAUUAUGAAGCCUGUGGUAAGAUGCUAACUUGUGGUAAAGACAAGUACUUCUCUCAGAAGCUGGAAGGUUGUUACCCCAAAUGUCCAGCGGACACACCAUAUUUUGAUGAGAACACUGGACGGUGCACCACAUUGACACAGUGCACUUGCAUUUUCAAUGACACUGUCAUUCAGCCAGGGACAGUUGUGUUGAUACAGUCUAUUGAGUGCCCCUGUGAAAAUGGAACAGUGAACUGCCCACCACCACCACCUCCACCAACAACAACACCAGCUACCAUCCCUACAACACUGGCUCCCUCCACUUCUGCUUCCACUACGACUGAGAAUUUGCCAACAACCGUUACUAAUGUCACAACUACCACUGAAAACUGGUCAACUGUGGUUUCUCCUACCAGUACACCAACAACUACAGCUGCUUCAACUGCCACUGAAACGUGGUCGACAACACCUUCUGUGUCAAUGUCGACCACUGCUAAUGCUUCAACUAUCUUCACAACAGCUACACCUUUCUCUACCAGCACAGAAACAUGGUCAACAACACCUCUUAACACUUCUCCAACAAUGUCUCCUAGUACCAGUGCAUCUACUACCUUCACAACUACUACACCAACAACUGCUCCUACUAGCACAGAAACAUGGUCAACAACACCUUUUAACACUUCUCCAACAAUGUCUACUAGUACCAGUGCAUCUACUACUUUCACAACGACUACACCCACAACAACUGCUUCUACUAGCACAGAAACAUGGUCAACAAUGCCUUCAACCAACACUACAUUAGUCUUUACAAGUGCUUCAGCUAUUACAGCAACCACUGCACCAAAUACAACUGCCUCUACUACCACUGAAAUAUGGUCAACAACAUCUUCUACCACCUCUACACCGAUGUCUACCAUUACAAGGGUAUUAAAUACUACCACAACCACACCUACAACAGCUUCUACCACCAUUGAAACUUGGUCAACUUCUACCAACUCUACAAUGCCACCCACUACCACUGAAAUAACAACUGCAACUGCUUCUACUACCACUGAAACUUGGUCAACAACACUUUCAAUCAACUUUACAACAUCAGCUAUUACCAAUGCCUCAACUACCACCACAACUACUACACCAACAACUGCUGUUACCACCACUGAAACAUGGUCAGCAACACCUUCAACCAACUCCACAAUGCCACCCUUUACCAGUGCCUCAACCACUACCACAACUACAACUACAAGUGCUUCUAGCAGUACUGAAACAUGGUCAGCAACACCUUUAACCAACUCUACAACAUCAGUUAUUACCAGUGCCUCAACUACCACCACAACCACUACUCCAACACCAACUGCAUCACACUCAACUGAAAUAUGGUCAACACCUUCUGCCACCUCUCCUACAAUGUCAACCACUUCUACCACUACACCAAUAAGCACCAGUCUCACAGCAACAACUCUUCCCUCAACAGAACUUACAGAGGUAACAAACAGCACUACAUAUCUUUCAACAGAGCCAACAUCUGAAUCCACCACUACUGUGCAAACCACUGCGCACACAACAUCUAGUACUUCAUUCAGCAGUGCUUCAACAACAUGGAUGACCGAGUCAGAGACCACAGAGACAGUUACACCAUCAGAAUCUUUCUCAACUCAAGCAUCGACACAACGUACAGAGCCAACAGGGACAACACAUCAAUUGACAACCACUUUUGUAGCAAACACUACAGCAGCUGAAACAUCAACUACAACUCAAUCCACCAGCACAGACGUGGUGACAACAGCAGUCACUGAAAUAUCUACUUCUUACACACAUCCAACGACACAGUCCAGUACCACCUCAACAGAAGCAACAACAUCUCAUGACGUGUAUUCCACUCAGAUGUCCACAAGUGAGAGAUUUACCAACGCGACACCUACCAACACCGUACUGACUACAACUGAAGAGCAACAAACAACAACAAUCCACACAACCACCACCAGUCCUCCCGUUUACACAGGAUCAGCUACAGUGACAACACAAGUGCCCACUUCCCAAGACUUGUGUGAGUGCGAAGACCGGAAGAGGAAGCAGAAAUGGCUUUGUGAUCAGAGCUGGACAGAAGACUGUUUCCAUAAGACCUGUAGAAAUAGGUCGAUAGAGUUGACUCCAGUGGAUUGUGGAGACUCUGUUCGUCCCGUCUGCCCCAGAGGACAGGCAACAAAGGUGUCAGAUGAAUGCUGUGAAACAUGGAAGUGUGAUUGUCGCUGUGAGCUCUACGGAGACCCCCACUACAUAUCUUUCCAAGGCGUGUCCUUUGACUUUUUAGAAGAAUGUACCUAUAUACUAGUGGAGGAACGUUCACCCCGUCAUAGUCUGACCAUUGUAGUGGAUAACUUCUUCUGUGUGCCAGGCCUCGACGGCUCCUGUGUUAGAGGGAUCAUCGUAAAAUAUCAGAACAACACAGCGACUCUCACAAUUAUCCCACAUUUGUUUACAGUACAGGCUUCUCUGAAUGAUAUGACCAUACAGCCCCCAUAUGAGGAGCAGGGGUUUAGAUUUGAGACCACAGGGUACACCACGUCCCUCUACCUCCCAGAGAUCCGCUCCUAUGUCUCCCUCAGCCCGUCUUUUACCCUGGUGGUCAGUCUGGCCAUGGAGCACUUUCUCAACAACACCCAAGGCCAAUGUGGUGUGUGUGGUGGAGGCUCAUGUAUACGAAGAGGAGGACAGAUUGAAGAAGACAGCUGCUGUGAUAAGACAGCCUACGACUGGGUGUACCCAGAUCCUCAGAAGCAUGGCUGUGCACCAAAAGAUGUACCCUGUCACUCAAGUACCACUGUACCCCCCACCAACACACCCUUUACUACCACCCCCUGCCCCAGCAACCCUCUGUGUGAGAUACUAUACCAUGAAGUCUUUGAGGUCUGCGGCUCGUAUAUUAAUCUCCACCGAAAAAAGAAGAACUGUGAGUUUGACUCAUGCAGAGACCUAAAAGCUGGUUGCUCUUCUCUAGAGCAAGCAGCUGAAGAAUGCAGCAAUGCCGGUGUUUGUAUUGACUGGAGAAGACUGACAAAUGGAACCUGUGCUGUGUCAUGUCCAGAAGGAUUGGUUUACAGAGAAUGUCAUCACAAGCUGGAUGACUUCUGCUAUGGAGGUGUGCUUCAUCCAGGGGCUUCCCUUAAGAACAACAGUGAAGGCUGCUUUUGUCCAAGUGGACUUUACAGGGCAGGGAAUCACUCCAACAUCUGCGUGCAUGGCUGUAAAUUCUGCAAAGGCCCACUUGGUGAGCCUAAACCACCUGGUGAGGUGUGGCAGUCCAACUGUCACCUUUGUACGUGUAACAACCAGACGCUGACCGAGGAGUGUUCUCCCAAACCUCCUAAGCAGACUCCUAACUGUAGCUCCAGUGCUGUGCUGGUUAACAACUCUUGCUGUUCUGAGCCGAUUUGUGUUGAGAAGACAUGCACCUACAAUGGAAAGACAUAUAGGAUGCGAGACAAAUGGACAGAUCCUGCCAAUCCCUGUUCGUCGUACAUCUGUACCGAAGACGGUGUCCAGACUGUGACCAGAGUCUGUCCCAUUGAAAACUGUCCUGAGGAGGACAAAAUGUGGGAUGACCAGCACUGCUGCUUUACAUGUAGUCAGAGCUGUACUCCCAAGAUGACGAGUAUGAACGUCACCAUAGACAACUGCACCACUGCCCUGCAGAUGCCUGUGUGUGAGGGCCAGUGUGUGUCACAACCAAGGGUUAUGUUACAUGAUGACCUGCAGGUGGAGCAGAGCUUCAGCUACUGUCAGGAGCAAAGCUCAGAGAGGAGGUCAGUGUUCCUGCAGUGUUUGGACUCCACCACCAGAAACUUCACAUAUAAGCAUAUCACCAGCUGUGAGUGCAAAGCAUUUACACACUGAAGAAAGCUCCUGAUCACGCUCAUCACUUUGUUUCGUAACCCAAUGUAUUUCUCUAAAAUGUAAAA